CCGGAAUCAUAAAUAAUAAAUAUAUUUGUUUAGGAAGAAAUUAAAGCUCACGGAUACAGAGAUGUUGAUUUCUAGAGAUUACUCCCAGGAUAUUCCCGGGUUCGAAGCAAGCGAUAUAUAUCAGGAGAGUCCUCCCUUGGAUGUAUCACGUAACUGUAUCUUCCCGGAGUUAGUUGGAUGUGAUUCUUCAGUUUCUGAACUAAUUUCUCAACUUGUUGGCACUAGUACAUGGGUUAAGGUUCUAGAAGUAGAACUGAAGAGGUGCAGUAUCCGUACAGUUGGAGAUCUAGCCUCUCAGCAACCAGCUGAUCUAAGGAGUAUAAAGGGACUCAAGCCAAUUCAAGACGUUACAGUUAAAAAUGUUCUAGCAAACUACACAGCUAGGUUACGUAAGGAGGGUCGGAUGGGAUUCUGGAAGAAGAAAUCUCCUGUCGUUGAAAUCACUUCUCAGGAAGAGGAGGAGAAGAUUAAGGAAGCAUUGUUUAAUGGUCCAUCACCUUCUCCUACUGACAAUGGAUUGAUCGAAAUGUCUCCUAUUAAGAUCGUAGUAAACUCCGCAACCCCUGCCGAUCAGCCGGGAACUAAGGUUAUCUCCGUUUCCGGUUUAACGCCUGAUACUCCUGAAAAGGAGGAAGAACCGUUGGCUGUCAGGGUUGAACGGUUAUCCCGGCGGUUCUCCUCCUCCCCUUUUACAUCUAUUCUAGAGAAGGUUAAAGACAAGGAGACUGAACCUCAACCUACUCCGGAGAAAGAAAACCCUGAGGUUGAAGGGAACCAUGAACCUUUGGAUAUUCUCAAGCCUGGAAACUUGGCUCAUUCCGAACCUACAUGUUCCGAGCUUGGAACAAACAGUUCCCAACCCGGAAAAAGACAAUCCGAACCCGAAACAACCAUAUCCGAACCCGGAGCAAACCUGGCCGAACCUUCUCUUCCCUCUAUACUAAACGAGGACCUUGAGACUGUGAUGAGCCAGGUUUCCUCUGCUCAGCUCCAACAACUAAGUAAAUCUGAGCUAGGACUCCUCCUGCAGAAAACUGUUGCAAAACAUAAACAGAUCUCAGACUUCUUGGCUGAAGUAUCGGUUGCCAUGGCCACUAAACCAGAUGCAUAACUAACAUUCUUAAAUAUCUUCAUUAGUAUGUCGCCUUAUGAAAAAAAUAUCUUUUUGACGAUGCUUCUACGUUAAUUGUUAAUAUCUUGUAAUCAAUCAAUGAAAUAAAUCUUUACUUGACAUUAU